AUGACAGACCUUGAGGACGUUAAGAAAUUCCGACUCAUCCUCGAAAAUACUUAUGAUUGGGCAAUCCAGGUGUUUAAACCAAUGAUGGACACCUAUAUUCGUCAAUGGAAGUUUGUCUACUCUGAAGAUGGACGUAGCUUUGCGACUGCAGCAAUGGAACGUGAACAACAGAGAAAGGAGAUAUCAAGAAAAACACUUCGAUUCGUCUUGGCUGCUCUGGGUGAUGAAGCAGACCUCGAUGCUGACGAUGAUUUGCGUCGAGCUACCAAGCUGAGGCUAGUAGACCUGUGUGAUACAUUCGUUCAAGACACAGACCAAAUAAUUGCGGAAGAACUUGAGAAGUUACACUUGAAGAACUAUGAUGAUGACGAUAAUGAGGACAAUGAAGAGAGCGAGGAAAGCGAGGAGAGCGAGGACGAAGAUGAGGAUGAGAAAGAGCUGGUAUGGGACCCUAUCAGGAGGAAAUAUGUGUGA